UGUCGGCUCUCAACUGUCGGCUGUCGGCUGUCGGCGUAGGCAUCGUCACCUCCUCGACGUCAGCAGCAGCAGCCGUGGCGGCAGCGGCAGAGAUGUAAAAACUGUAAGUGCCAUCGCCAAGAAAGUUCAGUUCUUUCCGAGAUCUCGCUGCGUUCGUACCAAAAGAAAGGAAAAGAAAACAUAAUAAAGAAAGAGAGAGCUAUAAAGAGCGAGUGCGCGCACCGUGCAAAACAUUGCCUGCCUGCCCAGUGAUCCGCAAUAGCAAUAGUUGAGGAUUGGAUCGGAUCGGAUCGGAGCGGAUCGAUUAAAUAGUCGGGCCGAAAACAAAACACUUGUGCAUUAAACGUAUCUCGUUCUCAAUCUGUAUCUGUAUCUUCUUGUUGUUCCUUGUGAUGAAAAGCUCGUGCAAAUCGUGAAUCAAGAACAGUCAGACAGCGCCGAGCAGCGGCCGGGGGAGGAGCCGAGUGCUGUGCGUGGUGAUAUAUUAUAUUGAUUUCGCUUCGACACCAAACAUUCGGCUGAAUCAUCGUCUAUAUUGAGAGCCAAGCAACAGCAACGAUCCAUUCACAUCCAUUUGGACCAAAGUUAACCCCCACGCAGGGCUCAACUUCCUGAUCCACAGCGUGUCUUACAGUUGGGACGCCAUGAGCAAAGAUCAGCUGGCCACACCCAUACCCGAGGAGCUGUACAAUCUGACGCAGCUGGCGAAUGUGACACUGGCGGCUGGACCGCUCAGCACAGCUGCCGAAGGCAACAACAUGGCCGGCAACAACAACAACAACAACAACAGCAACAGCAACAACAGCAACGGCAACAACAUAUUCUAUGCCUCGUCGGAUGAUGACUCCACCUACAACUCCUACAGCCACAAGGUGUUCGACCGCAGGAAACUGCGUCGCUCCACCAUCUCCGACUCGAACUCCUGCGCCAGCAUCGCCAGCAGCAGCAGCAGCAGCCAAUCCAGCGAGCAAUCAGCCAUUCAGGCCGGCGGUAGCAGCAGCAGCAGCAGCAACGGCAGCUUGCUAGAGGAUGAGCACAUCUGCCCCGAGUGUGGCAAGAAAUAUUCCACGUCCUCGAAUCUAGCACGCCAUAGACAAACACACAGGUCAAUCAUGGACAAGAAGGCGCGCCACUGUCCAUUCUGCGAGAAGGUCUACGUCUCGAUGCCCGCCUUCUCGAUGCACGUGCGCACCCACAACCAGGGCUGCGAGUGCCAGUACUGCGGCAAGUGCUUCUCGCGGCCCUGGCUGCUGCAAGGCCACAUACGCACCCACACGGGCGAGAAGCCCUUCAAGUGCAUCGUCUGCAGCAAGGCCUUUGCGGACAAGUCCAACUUGCGCGCCCACAUCCAAACCCAUUCGAAUACCAAGCCACACACGUGCGCCCGCUGUGGCAAGGCCUUCGCUCUGAAGUCCUAUCUGUACAAGCACGAGGAGUCCUCCUGCAUGAAGAAUCGCAGCGAGGCGCCGGCCCGUGCCACCCAAGUGUUGCCACUGCCCAAGCAGCAGUCGGAGCAACUGGAGGCAGGAGGAGCAGGAGCUGCCUCUGCAGCGGCUCUGCCGGACUCGGCAAAGUCAACGCUGGCGCACAAGCUGCUGCAGAAGAAGGAUCGCCGCCAGGCCCAAGCACAGGCUCAGGCUCUGGCCUAUGGCUAUCCCGGUCGUCUGGAGCACUACGAAAGCUAUAAGCGCAAUGGCCUGCUGCAGCCCACAAUGCUCCAGCAUCCGGGCGCAAUCUACCAGGAGCAGUUGCUGCCGCUGACGCUGCCCUUAGCGCUGCCCUAUCAUCCUCAUCAUCAGGCCUAUGCCCAUCAGCCGGCGGCUGGCGAGGAUGCGGACAGGAACCGAGAGCAGCAGCAGGAGCAGGAGCAGCCCGUCGACUUUUCGCCCAAGAACAAUUUCACGCAUUCGGCCAAGACGAGUCCCUUCGAGCUGACCGGCAACUAUGCAAUGGUCGCCUAGCCACGCCCACCACACCAACAGCAGACUGUAAAAAGACAAACGAGACAGAGAUUUACAAUUUGGAGAUGAUCAAAAAUCCAAAGUUAAAACCAAAAACAAAAACCUUAACCAAAAAUAUUUAACCAAAAACAUAACCAAAACCAAAAAAAAAAUCCCAUUUUGCAUUCGAUUUUCUAGGAGCUUAUGUAGUAAACAAAUAUGUGAUAAAUACGAAAAAGAGCUAAAGUACCGUUAGAGAGUAGACGAUUCCAAUCAAUCAAAAAACACGCACACUGACAGAGACACAGACAGAUACUGAAACUGAAACUGAAACAGAAACUCAAUCGAUCUACGCCUAGUUGUAACGAGGAUUUAGAGACUUGCGAAAAACAUAUAACCAGUAUUUUUUCUUUUAGCACUAAACCACAUUAUAUAUAUAUAUAUAUAUAUAUACGUAAAGCUAUAUAUAUAUCACUGAUUUUAGAAUUUACACACACUUAUAUAUAUAUAAAUAUUAUUUUUGCCAUAUAUACUUACAGAGUAAUUAGAAUUCUUUUGUUUGUAAGGCAUUGCGAUUUCCUGCUUUCGGCACGGAAGUCCAAGAAACGAGCGAAUCUCUAGUCUUGUAUCUUUAGAGUGCGCCAUGCGCCGGGCCGGGCCGAGCUGACCUCCUGCCUCGGGUGCCGGGUGCUGGUGUUCGGGUGGUCGGGUCUGGCAUGUGUCGCGUUAUUUUUAAGCACUUUACGGCCGCAUGUGGUGCAAUAACAAAUUGACAUAACUACAAAACACUAAUUAGCCUCUACACGCAUACACACAUACAAAUAUAGAUAUGUCUAUAUCUAAUAUACAUGCAUACAUAUAUACAUAUGUAUUUUGCAUAGUUGUCAAAUCUUUCUAUUAUUUUGCACAUUUUUGUGUGCCUCUCUUUGUAUUACUUCUAUUUUUUAUAAUUUGCUCAAUGUCUUAUUUUAUUUCCCUCCUUUCUCGAUUUUGUUGUAGCAAAGCACACUGCAUUUUGUAUACUCUACACAAAUCCAAACUACAGCUAAAACAGACCAAAGAUAUUGUAUAUGCAUACACAUAUAUAUAUUCGUAUAUAUGUAUAUCGAUUUAAUUAUAUAUAUUUUCGUAUAUAUAUAGAGUUAUGUAUUAUUAUAGAACGCACAUUUAUUUCAAAUUAAACGAGUGAGAUCCACCGAUCCCUGAAAAUAAA